GUAGAGCAAUUUGAGCCGCCGCAUCGAGCUAACCGCUUACCGCUUGCCGGACAAACGCGUUCCGUUUUCCCUCCGCUUCCAUUCGCUUUCGGCCCACUGUCGUCGUCGGUUGUCCAAAUGUCCGCGUAGGGAUAGUGUAACCUUUUUCCAAUUUCCGGGGGGGUCAUAGUAAAAAAGUUAACACCUAAGUAGUCCAGGCCUUUUGGGCCAAGCCGAUCCCAGCCAUCCAUUUACCGGGCACCGGGCUCUUAACACGGGGAUCGUUUUAAUCGGUGUCGCGUUGUCGUUAUUUCGGUUUUUCGCGAUUUUCCCCACAUUCCGUGUGCUGUGUGCUGUGCGAGGUGUUCUUGGAAUUAAUAAAUAGUUAAAACCGAAACGUUGGCAAAAAUCCACUGAAUGAGCAAGAAAGUUAUAUAAGGCCCGAACCGGAUUUAUUUAUUAAUUAUACAUACGAAUGUGAUCAAAACAAAAACAGACUGACAACAAAACUCGGCUUUUUGGAAUAUACCAAAAAAAGCAACUCAAAUACAAACCGAUCCCGAUAUAUAUAUGUUUUUGACGUCUUCAAUAUGCAUUGAUCGCGCCCAUCAAUUUAAUUUAAUCAAAAGCAGUUACUCAAAUUCAAUGAACAAAUAAAUUUGCGCAGCCCAACAAGCCAAUAAACGGAUCAAUAAACCGAAAUACAAUACACGAUUUCCGCUAACAUCUGGCAACGCUGUCCGUUGGCAGCUUGUAACGGUUAUUCACGACAAUUUACUCACGCCCCGAACGAGUGCAGCGAAACCAGCGAGUGCGAGCGAGAGGGCUAGCGAACAGGCAUGGGAAACUCCUCGUCACACACGCACGAACCACUCGAGCGCGGCUUCACACGCGGAAAAUUCGGUGAUGUUAAAAAUGGGAAAUCCGCUUCCUUCCGGUUUAGCAAGAAAUCGCCGAAGAAAAUGGAUCGUCUGCGUCGCUCCUUUCGCGAUUCCUUUAGGCGUCGCAAGGAUCGCGUUCCCGAAUCCUCGAAGCCGCAUCAAUGGCAGGCGGACGAGGAGGCCGUGCGAUCGGCCACCUGCUCCUUUUCCGUCAAGUAUCUGGGAUGUGUCGAGGUCUUUGAAUCGCGCGGCAUGCAGGUCUGCGAGGAGGCACUCAAGGUCUUGAGGCAAUCCCGUCGUCGUCCUGUCCGCGGAUUACUUCAUGUCAGCGGAGACGGCCUGCGAGUGGUGGACGACGAGACCAAGGGCCUGAUAGUGGACCAGACCAUCGAGAAGGUCAGCUUCUGUGCACCGGAUCGCAAUCACGAACGCGGCUUCAGCUACAUAUGCCGGGAUGGAACCACUCGUCGCUGGAUGUGUCACGGCUUCCUGGCGUGCAAGGACUCCGGCGAGCGAUUGUCCCAUGCCGUUGGCUGUGCUUUUGCCGUUUGUCUGGAGCGAAAGCAGCGACGCGACAAGGAGUGCGGCGUGACAAUGACCUUCGACACGAAGAACUCGACCUUCACGCGGACCGGAUCCUUCCGUCAGCAGACGUUGACGGAGCGUCUGGCAAUGGCCACAGUGGGCACAAAUGAGCGGAGCGUAGAUGGGCCGGGAUCAGCAAUGCCGGGUCCUCCGGCGGCCACCGUCAAGCCUUUCAAUCCCUUCGCCAUCGAACGGCCCCAUGCCACGCCCAACAUGCUGGAGCGUCAGAGUUCGUUCCGUUUGAGCACGAUUGGCAGUCAGUCGCCGUUCAAGCGCCAGAUGUCACUGCGCAUCAACGAUCUUCCGUCCAAUGCCGAUCGUCAGAGGGCCUUCCUGACCGCCGCCGCUGGCAAUCCAAUGCAGACGCCACUGCGAAGUGUUUCUCCCAUUGCCGAGGUCUCGCCGGCCAAGUCUGCUGGAGCGGAUCCGUUGUCAGCUGCCGCUGUAGCCGCCGAUUCUGUGAGCCAACUGUGUCAGGAGCUCAGCCAGGGUCUCUCGCUCUUGACCCAGACAGACGCCCUAUUAGCCGCCGGCGAGGAUCUAAACUUCAACAACAAUCGCAGCAUUAAUCAGAACAUCAUUGCCGCCGAGAAGCAGGUGCAACAUGUACACUCAUAUGCCCCGCCGACGGCACAAGUGACGCCUCGAGUGGCCAGCACCACGCCCACAUAUCAGACGCUCCAUUCGCAGUCGCCCUCGCGAUCGGAGCAGAGCAUCGAAACCUCGACGGAACUGCCCAAUGCCGAGCAAUGGCUGGGUCAUGUGGUGCGCAGUACGUCUCCGGCAGCACCGAAGCGGCCCACUUAUUUGGCCAACGUUGGCCGAGCUCAGACACUGGCCAGUGGCACUGGCGCUGCAGUUGGAGGCGGUGGCCCAGACGAUCCAUUUGACGCCGAGUGGGUGGCCAAUGUGGCAGCGGCCAAGCAAUUGUCGCCAGACUUGCCAAUCCCGAGCACUGCGCGCUCGCCUCUGGCCAGGCACAGCACCAAUCCGUUCAUCUCACCGCCCAAGGCGCCGGCGCAGUCAUUCCAGGUGCAGCUCUAGGCAGCGAUUGCGGGGUCACCAGGGGGACAAAGUGUGGUUCGCUUGAAAAAAACGUAACUUAGUUUAAAGUUCAGGGGCAGGAUCGGGCCAAACAGAGAAUCGAACAAAGAUGGUUAGAUGGAUGGCUGGAUCGGAUGGAGGUUAUCAGAGAUACUUAACGCAAACAUAACUAAUGUUGAAUAUGCAUAUAUAGAAAACAUAAACUACAGUUACUCACACGCAAAACGCAUCAAGUACAGUAAAUAAAUCCAUCAAUGGCGCUUAGCACUAGGCCAAAACUUAAAUUGCUUCGAGUAAAAUAAAUCAUCAGUUCGUAAGAGAUCUUAUACCGAAUUUCAGUCUUAUAAGCGGUUUUGAGUAUGCAACUAGGAAUUAAAGUUCUACGACAUGUAAUUUUUAAAAGACUUGAGUCAUACUUCGAUCAUUCUUCCCAUACUAAAAGACCGUUUCCAUUGACUAGACUGAUACUGGGGAAGAUCCCUUAGUCACUCAACAAUUGACCAAGCUACCAAGUUACCCACGAAAGUCCACCAUAAAGUAAACAACAAAACAAAAACAAAUGGCACCCUCUAAGCUUAAAUGCAAACUCUGUAUUAUACUUUGGUAAUGCCCUUCCACUACUUGUUGAUUGAUCCCACUAAGAAUAAUGAUUAGAUACAUAAAUAUGUAUGUUGAUAUAUAGGAAGCUCUAUGUCAUAGAGCCGAUUAUUAUUUUAUCAGUGUCAGUUUUGCGGUACACCGUUUUUAUAUCAAAUCUUUUAUUAUUUAACUUAAUUUUUAAAUCUGUACAAAAUGUAUUAUACUUAAAUUAUAAAUAUAAUUUAAAAAUAAACAAAACGGAAACGUAAAAACUUCAAGUUAUUUAAACAUAGAAAUCAAGCAGCUAAACGCAAUGCAACUAAGACGAUAUAGAAAUAUUGAAAUAAAUAAAGUUAUAUAGAAACAUAUUGCAUAUAUUAUAAAAGACGAAGCCAAAUUCGGCAAACAGAAAUACAUUCGAUUUGUGCGCUUCUGACAUGUAUUUGUUUUAUUUUUGCGGAAUAUUUUUUAACACAUCCCAAUAUAUUCUAAAGGAAUACAAAAUCACGUAACCAAUGCACCAAAUGUUACCUAAUGUUUAUAGGCUGAUUAUUUAAACCCUAGAUAGUAUCAACUAGAAAAAAAAAUCCAUUCAUUGUUCCUAAGAAGAAUUAGGAGUCAAGUGAAUCGCACUCAUCAGUAUUUAAAUAAAGCGUAGCUACAUAUAUCAACAGAUCGACUUAACUCAAACCUAUGCAAAGGUUUUGUAUAUAUGUAUAAAAAGCGAGUCGCUCUGAAUGAUUUAUCAAUUGAUUUGCCUUGCAAACUGUCACCUGGCUUUUUUGGAAAUCUAACUAAGUUUUAUCUACAAAAUCAGAAAUUUUCUAUGAAUUUACACGAGCACUAAUGUAACAUAAGGACGACUUAAAAACAAAUAUCAAUUUGAAAGGAUCUUAUUUUGUCUCAAUAUUACAUAAAUUGGUAUGGAAGAAAAAUAAUAUAUAUAUAUAUUAGUUACUUAUAUAUAUAUAUAUACAUAUAGUAAAUCAUUAUAUUCCUUUGAAUAGUUUCCCACCUCGAUCAUUUUUAAACAUUCAUGAUGCAUUUUUUGGGGUUUUCACAUAAUUAUUUGUAUUAAGGCACUAAUAUAAAUCCUGACAUUUGAAAAUAGUCGUAGUAGGAGAAGGCCUUAUGACGAGGAGACAAAAAUCUAAAUAAAGCCACACAAAUAAUUGUCACAUAAACACCUUAUAUAGUAAAAAACAUAUCGUUUCGUUUGACGUUUAGUAAAAUUGACAUGCAAAGAGAAUGUUAUAUAUAUAUAUGCCACAUAUUAUCUGAGAUAUUAUGCUUAUUUAUUUACAAAAAUGUCGGUUGAAUGGUAGCU